AUGCAGCUGAAACCUCCGCGCAUAUUGAAUCUGCUAGCAGAACCACGUCCAGAAGAGGACGAACUUCAAUCCGAGGCAGCUUUCCAACGCCUGUUGGCAUCGUACUCCGACCUCCCCUCGCAACCUCGCACACCUCGUGCACCCUCAGACCGUGGUCGCUACCCUGAAGAAGUUUGCCACGAGGAUUCGCACGAGGAUCCUUUGAGUGACGAUGAUGACGAUGACGACGUCCAGGGUCUCUUUGCUUUUGACGCACAGAACGAAUCAACCAACGUGAAGCCUUGUACCCCUGCUCAGAGUGUAAAUGGGGAUGAUUUGAACAUGUCUCUGGCAGAAAGCCCGAUGGGAGUAGCCAUGGAUGUAGAUCCUCCUACGGUAUCUCCCUCCAUCACUUCCACGCCCAUGUCCAUUCAAUGGCGAUACACGCCACCACCAACUACAAGCGCUGUCCGCUCGAACAAGCGUAAAUUGGACGAUCGAUAUGAUCCAUAUCCUACAUCUGCGAAACGCCGUGCUGUAUCGCCUUCCAUAUCGUACUUGCGAGAAACACACCCUUCACUCGUGUCGUACCCUCGGACACCUAGUUCCAGGCCUCCAGUCCCGAUUCCUCUUUCUAUCCCUCCAUCCAGUUCUAGUGCUUCUGCCACCUCAUCGCCCACCGUCACGUCUAGUUACCCCUUCCAACCUUACCCGAGUUCACGGCAGGUGAACCUAGGAACCAUGAGCUUAUCUUCCAGCCCCGUACUUCGGCCUUCUUUAGGGCUUGUGAGUCCGAUCUUACGGCCGAUUCUGCGAACGCGGAGAGGAGCUGAUGGCGAGGAAAGAGAAAUCGAGGGCGCAGGCGAAGCCGUGAAUGGAUUAUCACUAGGCUGA